AGUGGGGAGUGCUUCAGCGCCCGAUCCAGUCUUCUUUGGUCUGUCCUCCCUUUUCCCUCUCUCCCCCCGCUUUCCGCUCUUUUCCGACCGAUUCCCGGAUUCCCACCACCCACCACCGACUUCCACCCCAAGAAAUCCGUCCCAAGCCGCCUUAGAUCCGUGCCCUACCCCUCCCCUCCUCGAUCCCUGCAGUCGAUCGACUCGCCUCCUGCCCUCUUUGCGGCUUCCUCUUCGAUGCCGCUCGGAAAGGUGGGAUCUUUGAUCCGCGGAAAGGGAUUUGACUCGCCGAUGCGAAGGCAUGCGGUUUGCUUCUCGGAGAUGGGGUGCUUCGAUCUGUGACGAGGCUUCGCGAUUUGAGGGAUUCGGUGGAUUCUACUGCGAAGAUGGCCUCUUCGCCGGUCAAGUUCUUCUCCAUUCUUCUGGUCGUUUCCGUCAUCGGAUGGAUCCUUUUCGUAAUUUCUUCCAGGUUGUUGGCUUGGUUUUUGAGCCGGACAAUGGGAGCAUCUGUUGGAUUUCGGGUCGCUGGAUGCAAUUGCUUAAGAGAUGUAGCUGUAAAGUUCAAAAAGGGUGCUAUUGAAUCUAUAUCUAUUGGCGAAAUCAAACUCAGCCUGCGCAAGUCACUGGUCAAGUUGGGGUUUAGUUUUAUCUCUAGGGAUCCAAAGUUACAAUUGUUGAUUUGUGACAUCGAAGUUGUAAUACGAUCUUCUAAGCAAAGCAACAAGACAAGUAAGUCAAAGAAAUCUCGUUCUGCAGGAAAGGGGAAGUGGAUGGUCUUAACUAAUGUGGCAAGACUAAUAUCAGUUUCUGUCACAGAUUUAGUUGUGAAGGUACCAAAAUCUGUUGUCGAAGUGAAAGAUCUGAGGGUGGACAUAUCCAAAAUUGCUGGAUGCAAUCAAAUUCUCAGAGUGAAGUCGCACCUUAAACCUUUUCUUGUUCAGUUAGGGGAUUCACGGUUCAGUUUUGAUCAGAUGCUUAAUGGCAAUCAAAGGGACAGCUUGCAUACUGGACAAGCUUAUCCAGCUAUUAUGGAAAAGAACUCUGUGCCUUUCGUCAGCGAGGAUUUAUCAGUUGUGUGUGAUCUUGGUCAUGAUUGGGAAAAAGGUGUCAAAAUCAUUAAUCUGGAUAUGAUAUGUGGAGAUGUCAUGGUUUGCCUGAAUGAAGAUCUUUUUCUCAAUGCUAAUACUAAGAAGGACAUCGGUAGUGACAAUAAUGCGAUUGGAGGGGCUACUCUGCCAGUUACAGCUACUAAAAAACCUCAGGAAAACAAACCCUCUUUCCUAUCGAUAAAGAAGCAUAUUUUUCUGUUUCCAGAAAAGGUUAGCUUCAGUAUGCCAAAACUUGAUCUGAAGUUCAUGCACCGGGGUGAAGACCUUAUUGUUGAGAACAAUAUUAUGGGCAUCCAUCUUGGUAGUAGCAAAUCAAUAUCAUAUGAGGACUCUGGGGAGACUACAUCACAUUUUGAUGUUCAGAUGGACUUAAGUGAAAUUCAUUUACUCCGAGAAGACACAACUUCUAUCUUGGAAAUUCUGAAAGUUGCUGCUGUCGCUUCAGUAGAUAUCCCAAUGGAGCCGCUUCUACCUAUUAGAGCUGAAGUUGAUGUCAAGCUUGGUGGUACCCAGUGCAACCUCAUCAUGAGCAGACUAAAGCCAUGGUUACACCUUCACUUGUCUAAAAAGAAAAGAAUGACGCUUGGUAAAGAAAAUUCUCGGAAAGAAAGGUCUCAACCAAGCGAUGUGAAAGCCAUCAUGUGGACAUGUACUGUCUCAGCACCAGAGAUGACUAUUGUGCUUUACGACCUUAAUGGGCUGCCGUUAUACCAUGGGUGCUCACAGUCGUCCCAUUUGUUUGCAAAUAAUAUAGCUAGCAGGGGGAUUCAAGUGCAUACAGAACUUGGUGAACUACAUUUGCAGAUGGAAGAUGAAUACCAGGAGUGCAUGAAGGAAAAUUUAUUCGGUGUAGAAACUAAUUCAGGUUCCUUAAUGCACAUUGCACGGUUAAGUCUAGAUUGGGGACACAGGGAGAUGGAAUUGCAAGAAAAGCAUGAUCCCAUUAGGUGGGCAUUGGUAUUUUCUGUUGAUAUAAGUGGUAUGGCAGUACACUUUGGCUUUCAGCAUGUUGAGUCUUUUAUAUCUACCUUGAUGUCUUUCAAAUCACUAUUUAAAAGUUUAUCUUCUGUUAAAAGAGCUUCAGAGAACAGGGUGGGGCACAUAAGCAAGAAGUCGGCAAAAGGGACACAAAUUUUGAAACUAAAUCUUGAAAAAUGUUCUGUAAGUUAUUGUGGUGAUAUGAGCAUCCAAGAUACAGUUAUUGCAGAUCCGAAGCGUGUGAAUUUUGGUUCACAAGGUGGGGAAGUUAUAAUUAGUGUCUCCGCUGAUGGCACACCACGCAGAGCAAGCAUUAUUUCAACCCUUCCUGGUGAUUGCAAGAAUCUGAAAUUUUCAACAUCUCUUGACAUCUUCCAUCUUAGUUUGUGUGUGAACAGGGAAAAGAAGUCAACACAGAUGGAAGUUGAGAGGGCAAGAUCGGUCUACCAGGAAUACUCUGAAGAGCACAAACCUGGUGCUAAAGUGACUCUUGUUGAUAUGCAGAACGCGAAAUUUGUGCGCCGUACUGGUGGGCUUACUGAUAUUGCUGUGUGUUCUCUAUUCAGCGCAACUGAUAUAUCUGUCAGAUGGGAGCCUGAUGCACAUUUGGCACUACAUGAAUUUUUUACCCGCUUGAGGUUUUUGAUACAUAAUAAGAAGCUCCAAGGUUAUGGCAAUGAAAUAAGGGUACAAUCCCAUGAUAUGAAAGAUAUGGAACCAGAGGAAAAUGUUACCAGGUUGGACCAAGUGCGACCUGAGAUGCCAUAUGGAAAAAGGGAGUCAAUUUUUGCUGUUGAUGUGGAAAUGUUAAGAGUGUCUGGUGAACUUGCAGACGGUGUUGAAACAGUGAUCAAUGUGCAGUCUAUCUUUUCUGAGAAUGCCAGGAUAGGUGUACUACUUGAAGGGCUUAUGCUUAGUUUUAAUGAAGCCAGGGUUUUUAAAAGUAGCCGCAUGCAGAUUUCCUGUAUUCCUGUUUCAACAAGUAGCAUUCUUGAUGCAAGGGCACACUCUGCAAUAACAAGAGAUUGGGUUAUUCGAGGGCUUGACAUACAUAUCUGCAUGCCUUACAGGUUGCACUUACGUGCCAUAGAGGAUGCUGUUGAGGACAUGUUGCGGGGCUUGAAGCUUAUUACUGCUGCUAAAACCAGUCUAAUAUUUCCUUCUAGGAAGGAAAACUCGAAAAAAACAAAGCCCAGAACAACAAAAUUUGGAUCUGUUAGAUUUGUCAUACGUAAACUGACAGCAGAUAUUGAGGAAGAGCCCAUACAGGGCUGGCUUGAUGAACAUUACCAUUUGAUGAAGAAUGAAGUUUGUGAAUUAGCUGUUCGAUUGAAGUUACUUGAUGAGAGUAUCUCUGCUGGCAGUAUGAUUUCAGGAAGUGCUGAUCCAAAUAACUUGUGCUCAGAAAGGAAGACUCAUUAUAAUGGAAUCGAGAUUGAUGUGCAUGAUAAAUUAGCUGUUCAGAGAUUGCAAGAAGAAAUUCAUAAGCAGACAUUUCGUUCUUAUUAUCAGGCAUGUCAAAAAAUGGUAAUUGCAGAAGGAUCAGGUGCAUGUUCAAGAGGUUUUCAAUCUGGUUUCAAACCCAGUACUCAUAGAGCUUCCCUUCUCUCACUCUGUGCAACAGAUCUGGAUGUAAGUUUAACCAAAAUUGAAGGAGGUUCUUCUGGAAUGGUUGAAUUUAUAAAGAAACUUGAUCCUGUCUGCUUAGAAAAUGAUAUACCAUUCUCCCGGUUGUAUGGAAGAGAUAUUCAUUUACAUACAGGUUCUUUAGUUCUCCAACUAAGAAAUUACACUUUUCCAUUGUUUUCUGCAACUGCUGGGAAAUGUCAAGGUCGUAUUGUGCUUGCUCAACAGGCAACAUGUUUCCAACCCCAAAUACAUCAGGAUGUAUACAUUGGGAGAUGGAGGAGAGUACGGAUGCUGCGUUCAGCUAGUGGUACAACUCCACCAAUGAAAAUGUACUCUGACUUACCUAUAUAUUUUCAUAAAGGGGAAGUUUCUUUUGGAGUUGGAUAUGAGCCAGCUUUUGCAGAUGUAAGUUAUGCAUUCACAGUAGCCCUGCGCCGGGCUAAUCUUAGCACUAGGAUUCAGAAUUCUGAUUUGAAGGGUCAAAAUGUUGUGGGCACUUCACAGGCUGUAAAUGUCAAUAUUUCACAGAGUCAACCAUCUAAAAAGGAGCGCAGCUUGCCAUGGUGGGAUGACAUGAGGUACUAUAUCCAUGGGAAGAUUGUCUUGUAUUUCAAUGAGACCAAAUGGAACCUGCAUGCGACAAUUAAUCCUUAUGAGAAGCUAGACAGACUUCAAAUCAUUUCUAAUUACAUGGAUAUCCAGCAAACAGAUGGUCGUGUUGUUGUUUCUGCAAAGGAAUUUAAGAUUUAUCUAAGCAGUCUAGAGAGUUUGACAAAAAACUCCAGUUUAAAACUUCCAUGUGGUAUCUCUAGACCAUUUCUAUAUUCCCCUGCUUUCUCUCUUGAAGUGGUCAUGGACUGGCAAUGUGAUUCUGGUAAUCCCCUAAAUCAUUAUUUGCAUGCACUUCCUUCUGAAGGGGAGCCUCGAAAGAAAGUUUAUGAUCCGUUUCGUUCAACUUCUCUCUCUCUAAGAUGGAAUUUUUCUCUCAGACCUUCUCUGCUGCCACGUGACAAGCAUGCUACAUCUUCGGGUUUUGGAGACAGUAUGCUACUAGAUGGCGCCUUUUAUGAUACUUCACAAAAGUUGGAGAACACCGACUCCCCAACAAUGAACCUGGGAGCUCAUGACCUUGCAUGGAUAUUCAAAUGGUGGAACAUAAAUUAUAAUCCUCCUCAUAAACUGAGAACGUUCUCUAAAUGGCCACGCUUUGGAAUUCCAAGAGCUGCAAGAUCUGGCAACUUGUCCUUGGACAAAGUUAUGACCGAGUUUUUUCUUCGUGUUGAUGCUACACCUACUUGCAUUGAACAUAUGCCUUUAGGAGAUGAUGAUCCUGCUAGUGGUCUAACAUUUAAAAUGUCAAAAUUGAAGUACGAACUCUGUUAUAGUCGUGGUAAGCAGCGGUAUACAUUUGAUUGCAAGCGCGAUCACCUUGAUCUUGUUUACCAGGGUCUUGACCUCCACAUGCUGAAAGCAUAUUUGAAUAGGGAUAAUAACUCAUCUGCAGUUCAGGAUAUUCCAACAACAAAGAGAGGUUCACAAACUGUGCUGUCGGGUAAAGUCGGCAGUAUGAAAUACAAUAAUUUUAGUAAUUGUACAGAGAAAAAUCGAGAUGAUGGAUUUCUUUUGUAUUCUGAUUAUUUCACAAUACGAAGGCAAGCUCCAAAGGCUGAUCCUGCAAGGCUAUUGGCAUGGCAAGAAUCUGGUAGAAAGAAUCUUGAGAUGACAUAUGUGAGGUCUGAGUUCGAGAAUGGUAGCGAAAGUGACCAUACACGCUCUGAUCCUAGUGAUGAUGAUGGAUUCAAUGUUGUAAUAGCUGAUAAUUGCCAACGUGUAUUUGUUUAUGGCCUUAAGCUCUUGUGGACAAUAGAAAACAGAGAUGCUGUUUGGUCCUGGGUUGGUGGAAUAUCCAAAGCAUUUGAACUUCCAAAACCUUCUCCAUCUAGGCAGUAUGCACAAAGAAAGAUGAUUGAGGAACAGCAGAUACAUGAUGGGUCUAAAAUGCCUCGUGAUGAUAACCUUGUGUCUCCUACAUCCCAUAGCGUCAAUUCUCCUUCUCGACAAGUUGAGACUGUGGGUUCAGUUUCAUCUCCAUCUCCUUCAACUAAAAUGGAAUGCUCGUCCUCUGAUAUAGUUGCAGUGAAGCAUGGAUACCUUGAUGAUUCAGAGGAAGAGGGGACACGCCACUUCAUGGUGAAUGUUAUUCAACCUCAAUUCAAUCUGCAUUCAGAAGAAGCUAAUGGUAGAUUUCUGCUUGCUGCAGCCAGUGGCCGUGUCUUAGCUCGUUCAUUCCACUCAGUUCUUCAUGUUGGAUAUGAGAUGAUUGAGCAAGCGCUAGGUACCAGCAAUAUGCAGAUUCCUGAGUCAGAACCUGAAAUGACAUGGAAACGAGCGGAAUUCUCUGUGAUGCUGGAGCAUGUUCAAGCUCAUGUUGCACCAACUGAUGUUGACCCAGGUGCUGGACUCCAGUGGCUCCCUAAGAUUCUUAGGAGUUCACCGAAAGUAAAACGUACUGGUGCUUUACUCGAAAGGGUGUUUAUGCCUUGUCAAAUGUACUUCCGCUACACAAGGCACAAAGGUGGAACUGUAGGUCUGAAGGUGAAACCACUAAAAGAGCUCUCUUUCAAUUCUCCUAAUAUUACUGCAACAAUGACUUCACGCCAGUUUCAGGUCAUGCUGGAUGUACUGAGCAAUCUUCUCUUUGCCAGGCUUCCCAAGCCUCGUAAAAGUAGCCUUUUGUAUCCAUCCGAAGAUGAUGAGGAUAUUGAAGAAGAGGCUGAUGAGGUGGUUCCUGAUGGUGUUGAAGAGGUAGAACUUGCAAAGAUCAACCUCGAACAGAAAGAAAGGGAGAGGAAGUUACUGCUUGAUGACAUAAGGACCCUAUCAGAAGCUAGUGAUGUUCCUGCAGACCUCUGUCAAUUUCCAGAGAAGGAUGGUGAUUUAUGGAUGAUUACUAGUGGAAAACCAGUCCUGGUGCAAGGACUGAAGAAAGAGUUAGUUAACAUACAAAAGUCUAGAAAGGCUGCAUCUUCUGCAUUAAGAAUGGCUUUGCAAAAAGCUGCACAGCUGCAUCUGAUGGAGAAAGAAAAGAACAGAAGCCCUUCUUAUGCCAUGCGAAUUUCUAUGAGAAUCAACAAGGUGGUUUGGAAUAUGCUUGCAGAUGGAAAAUCUUUUGCUGAAGCUGAGAUAAGUGACAUGAUAUGUGAUUUUGACCGAGACUACAAAGAUAUUGGUGUUUCUCAGUUCACAACAAAGUCCUUUGUCGUGAGAAAUUGUCUGCCUAAUGCCAAGUCGGAUAUGCUGUUAUCUGCCUGGAAUGCACCUCCUGAAUGGGGAAAAAAUGUAAUGCUUCGUGUUGAUGCCAAACAGGGUGCUCCAAAGGAUGGAAAUUCACCUCUUGAGCUUUUCCAGGUGGAGAUCUAUCCCUUGAAGAUAUAUUUGACUGAAACUAUGUACAGAAUGAUGUGGGAUUAUUUUUUCCCAGAAGAAGAACAAGAUUCACAAAGACGGCAGGAGGUUUGGAAAGUUUCGACCACUGCUGGAUCAAGACGGCUAAGGAAAAAUUUUGCUGGCCCUGAAGCAGCUGCUUCAAGCAGCCAAUCUACCAGAGAAUCUGAGGUUCCUGGAAGAUCAAGCGCAACUACAGCAGCUUCAACUAAUGCUAGCAUCAACCAAGCUUCUAAUCAUGGUGAUGCUUCCCAAGUAUCCAAGUUGCAAAGCCUAAAAGCAAAUAUUGUAUGUGGUUCAAAUCCGGAGCUAUGGCGAACAUCUUCAUCUGACAGAACUUGGGAAGAAAAUGUGGGCGAGUCAGCAGCCAAUGAACUCGUGUUGCAAGCCCAUUCUUCAAAUACUGCUUCAAAAAGUGGCCCCCUUAAUCCAACACCAGAAAACCAACAUGCAGUUAACGAGACAUCCAAAAAUAAACCAAAAGAAUCCAAGUCGGUAAGAUCCGGCCGCUUGUCUCAUGAAGAAAAGAAAGUAGGGAAAUCUCAGGAUGAGAAAAGAGCUAGGACUCGCAAGAUGAUGGAAUUCCAUAAUAUCAAAAUUAGCCAGGUUGAGUUGCUUCUUACUUAUGAAGGAUCAAGAUUUGCAGUCAAUGAUCUGAGGUUGCUAAUGGAUUCUUUUCACCGUGUUGAUUUUACUGGCACAUGGAGGAGGCUUUUCUCACGAGUUAAGAAGCAUAUCAUCUGGGGAGUUUUGAAGUCAGUAACUGGCAUGCAGGGUAAGAAAUUCAAGGAUAAAGCCCUAAGCCAAAGGGAGGCCAACGGGAGUGCUGUUCCUGAAAGUGAUCUUAACUUCAGUGAUAGCGAUGGAGGUCAACCUGGAAAAUCUGAUCAGUUUCCUAUAUCUUUGCUUAGGCGGCCUCGCGAUGGGGCUGGUGAUGGAUUUGUCACAUCAAUUAGGGGACUUUUCAAUUCGCAGCGCCGCAGAGCCAAGGCAUUUGUACUGCGAACUAUGAGAGGUGAUGCAGACAGUGAAUUCCAUGGUGAGUCGAGUGACAGUGAUGUUGAGUUCUCACCCUUUGCCCGACAACUGACUAUAACAAAAGCUAAGAAGCUUAUACGGCACGCUAAGAAGUUUCGCCCAAGAGGGCAUAAGAGUUCAGGGUUGACGCUGCAACGAGAUUCAUUUCCAUCAACUCCAAGAGAGUCCACACCGUUUCAAAGUGAUUCCUCUGGUCCAUCUUCUUAUGAGGAUUUCCAUGAUUAGAGAGAGGCUCCGUUGCUAACUGGGCCUCUUGUCCAUCGGGCACAAACAGUUUGCGGGGUGUUGCUUCACCACUAGCUAAGAGCCCAGGGGCUGCAAGGCUGACAAGGUUAACAUGGUUGUCAUUAUUUUAAGCUGGCAUCAGUGAUUGAUGGUAGAAGCAAGAUGUCACCCAGCACUCGAAUAACCAUACAGGCUUCCUGUGCAAAAAGCCACGGAAGUGAUCUGCAUGUAGUAAUGAGGAUCGGUAUUUCUGCUUCGCCGAAGACCAGAUGCAGAUUCGGCAAGCUUCAUCUUGUAUGUAUAUAUCACAUGUAUGGAGUAGCAUUUGUUUGUAUCUAUGUAGAUUCAUGCAUUCCAAGCACAUUUGAACCCCUCUUGUUAAGAUGGAUAUACAAGAUUAAACGGGUUCCUAUUUUUGUAAGUACAUUUGCAUCGAGUAAUUAAUAAAUUUAGGUCUUCAAAUUCAUGUUUUCUCAAAAAUA